UCCCGGGCCUUCCUCGCGCCCAGGCGGCGGCCCAGCGCCGGGGAGCAGGGGGGCCCGCCUACUUCCUAAGGCGCCCCGGGUCCACCCCUAUACAGAGCUCUCAGACUGCCGCAGGGAGACACGCUACACCCGGGUUUAGUCCUGGACACGCCCUCUUCCAUGCCUUUUGCUGAUUGGUUGGCUAGGCGCAUGGCCCGCCUCUGGGGAUAAAGCAGCCAAUCAGGGCAUGGCUCUCCCUGGCACCUUUCUAUCAGGAGGGAGCGCUUUGGAUUAUGUGUGCAUGCGCCCUGUGCCUUUUCUGGUUGGUUGUUCUAUUUCUGGAAGCGGCAGCCAAUUAGGGCAGGGUUCUACCUGGGCACCAUCCGGGACCUGGAUUCGGUGGGCAUCCCCCUGUGCCUUUUCUGAUUGGCUGUUUUGCCCGCCCCCAGGGAUAGAGCAGCUACUCAGGGUAGGGCUCUCCCUUGGCGGCAUUCCCUCAGGAGGGAGCAGCAGGAGCCUUCCAGGCAGAGCUUAUCCAUGGGGAGAGGCCCUCUACUGCUCCCCAGGGGCUGCCCACCACAGGGCCUGCGGAGGGCUUGGCACCAGCCACCCUGGAGGGACCGAAUUGGGGAGACAGACGCUAGUAAACCCUGUUGACAGGCUUCAGGCAGUUCAGCGUGAAGCGAUGAAAGUAAAACUACUGAGAGAGCUGACUAGAUCUCACUUUUUAACAAAAUUACACCUGUGCCAAGGUCUUUGUAAAUCUAGACUUCCAACACUAAAACUAAGCGGUGAUGCUGAAAAGAUACCAUGCUACACUCUAGCAACCAGCCGAGGCUUGGACUUGCAUGCUCCUGAAAUUCCUUCCCUCUGCUUGACAAAUAUAUGUACAGGAGUUAAGAACUGUCAGAUGUCAAGAGGAAAUGUAACUACCUCAGUAAAGACUCUGAAUCACCAGACUAGGGAGGUGUUGCCUCCAUUCGGGGAAUGUUUUGGUUCUGUUACACCUAUAAACGACAACCCCUUAGGCUGGAGUGCUAAAAAGCUGCUCAAAAUUCCAAAAAGAUGUUAUCCAGUUGUAUCAACUGGUCAGACAAUACCAAAACAAAAUAUUGUGCCCUCUAAGAGGCCACCAAAGGCACCUAGGACCAAACAGCCCUCCAGAUCUACCAAGCCACUGUUUUCUGAAACUGAGGAUCAGAUGCAGUGCAUAGCCUAUGCAACAGCCGAUGAGUAUCAUCUUGGUAAUCUGUCUGAGGACCUGUCUGCAGAGGGAUAUAUUGAAAUAAAUUUGCCUAAAGAUGCAGCAAACAUUUUGGUGAUUGGCACAGAAAACUCUGCAAAAGAAUACGAUUCUGGAAUGAUCUUUUUAUUCAGGGAAGGGUCUGUUGUGUUUUGGAACGUGGAAAAUAAAACUGUGAAAAACAUAAUGCGAGUGCUGGAGCGGCAUGAAAUUCAGCCUUAUGAGACUGCACUGGUCCACUGGGAGAAUGAAGAGCUUAACUACAGGAGAGGAGAAGGGCAGUCAAAGCUUCAUAAAGGAGAAAUCUUGUUAAAUUGUGACCUGAAUACUGAUGAAGGUAUUCUGGAGAAAUUUGCUUUUUCAAAUGCUCUUUGUCUGUCUGUAAAGCUGGCAAUAUGGGAGUCAUCUUUGGACAUGUUCGUGGAAUCUAUCCAGUCAAUUCCUGAGAUACUAAAGUCAAGAAAAAAGGUGAAACUUUCUCAUGCUGAUGUAAUGCAAAAAAUUGGGGAACUCUUUGCCUUAAGACAUCGUAUAAAUCUGAGUUCAGAUUUGCUGAUAACUCCUGACUUCUACUGGGACAGAGCACACCUGGAGCAGCUUUAUGACAAAACCUGUCAGUUCCUCAGUAUUGCUCGCAGAGUGAAGGUAAUGAAUGAGAAACUGCAGCAUUGUAUGGAUCUGACAGACUUGAUGCGCAAUCACCUGAAUGAAAAGCAUGCCCUGCGCUUGGAGUGGAUGAUAGUCAUACUUAUCACCAUAGAGGUCAUGUUUGAACUUGUCAGCAGAGUUUUCUGACCAAAGUGGAAGCUAAGGAUUUUGAAAAAUAUGACAGGAUUUUGAAGAUCAUAUUCAGAACUGAAAAUUCCUUUCCCCAUCUCCAGUGUCCAUAUAUUUCUGGAAAACUGCUGUACUCACUUUCUAAAUAUAAGCCUGAAAAUGUGCUUUUUCAAUAAAAAAAUUGAACUUGGUGAAUUUCAUGUUGUCACCUACUAAUAUUUCAUAGUAGCUAGGGUCAGGAGGGACCUGAACAGAUCAUCUAGCCUGACCCCCUGCCACAGGCAGGAAAGAAUUCUGGGUUCAUGAGACCCCAGACAGGUGAUUAUCU